AUGAUUCCUUUCUCCGCCGCUGAAUCCAACCCUUUGGGCUCUUACGUCCAUGUUCACCUGGUUUAUCAUGAAUUGCAUGCCAAGCUCAUCACCACCACCUCCAUUUCCUCCUCUGCUCUCUUCAACUCCCUCCUGUGCUGCUACUCUGAUUGUGGCAGAAUCGACCGGACCCUUCUCUUGUUCACUUCGAAUUCCGGUAGUGCGUCAAGGAAUGUGGUCUCCUGGACUUCAGUUAUCGCUCAGCUUUCUCGUUUCAAGAAGCCCUUGAUGACGUUGGAAGUCUUUAGUGAGAUGAGGAGGAAUGGCGUUUGUCCGAAUGAGUACACGGUCUCGGCUGUGCUGCCAGCUUGUGCAGAAAGCAAGGUUAUUCGACAUGGUGAGCAGGUGCAUUGCUUGGUUUGGAAAUGUGGGUUCGGGUCGGAUUUGUUUGUUGGAAGCGGGUUGGUUGAUGUGUAUGCCAAGUGUGGGGAGAUGGGUUCCGCGAACAAGGUGUUCGACGAAAUGUCGCACAAAAACCUUGUUACCUGGAACUCGAUGAUUGUUGGUUGUUUGAGGAAUAAAAGGUUCGAUUUUUGUAUUGUGUUGUUUAAGGAAGUCAUGAGGGAUGAGUCUAUGAGCCCUGAUCAAGUGACUGUUUCGAGCGUGUUGAGUGCUUGUGCUCAUGUAGGGUCUGCAGAAUUUGGAAGGUUAGUCCAUGGAAUUAUUAUCAAGUUUGGUCUCUUAAGUUUGGAUUAUGUGAGAAACUCGCUUAUGGAUAUGUACUGCAAGUGUGGUUUGCUUGAUUAUGCUGCUAGAACAUUUGAAAUUUCCUCAGACAAAGAUGUUGUUGGCUGGAAUGUAAUGAUAAGAGGGUGCUCGUUCAGCUAUCACUUUGAAGAAGCUUACAGCUAUUUUAAUACUAUGAAGAGGGAAGGAGCAUCUCCUGAUGAGUCAUCGUACUCUUCUGUCCUCUACGCAUGUGCUAGUUUGGCAACACUCAAUCCAGGACUUCUUAUCCAUGGUCAUAUCAUAAAAUCUGGGUUUUCAAAAUACCCUUUUGUAGCUAGUUCAUUGAUCACAAUGCACUCAAAAUGUGGAAGCUUUAUCAAUGCAUCACGCACAUUCAGGGAGAUUGAGACUCAAAAUGUUGUUUGUUGGACUGCCAUGAUCGCUGCUUGCCAGCAACAUGGUCACGCAGAAAAAGUCAUCGAACUAUUUGAUGAAAUGGUGGGUGAUGGGAUUAAGCCAGAUGACAUUACCUUCAUUUGUGUUAUAUCAGCUUGUAGCCAUACUGGUCGAGUGGAAGAAGGAUACAAAUACUACAACUCAAUGAUACAUGAGCAUGGUUUGAGCCCUAGGCUUGAACACUAUGCUUCCAUGGUGGACUUGCUUGGGCGAGCAGGCCGACUCAAGGAAGCUCGAAAGUUCAUAUUGGAAAUGCCAAUCGAACCAGAUUCAGCAGUCUGGGGAGCAUUGCUAGGAGCGUGCUCGAAUCAUGGAAAUAUCGAAAUGGGUAAAGAAGCAGCAGCCAGGCUUUCGGAUAUGGAACCAAACGACCCAGGAAACUAUGUCCUGCUUUCUAACAUGUAUGCUAGGAAUGGUAAGUUAAAGGAAGCAGAUCAAGUUAGAAGAUUGAUGGGUACCAAAGGGGUCAAAAAGGAUCCUGGGUGUAGUUGGGUCGAUGUUAAAAACUCAACCUACGUGUUUACAGCUCAUGAUAGGUCACAUCCUCGGACCGACGAAAUCUACGAGAUGUUGCAGAAAAUUGAGGAGUUGGUGAAGAAGAAAGGGUAUGUAGCUGAAACUCGACAUGCAAUGAAUGAUUCAGAUGCUUAUAAGGAGCAGAGCUUGUGGGUUCAUAGUGAGAGAUUAGCCCUUGCAUUUGCUCUUCUUGUUCUUCCUUGUGGUGCUCCGAUUCAGAUAAAGAAGAACCUGAGAACUUGUGGGGAUUGUCAUACGGUUAUGAAGCUCGCUUCCGAGAUAUUUGAUAGAGAGAUCAUUGUUAGGGAUGUGAACCGGUUUCACAAGUUUGCUAAUGGUUUGUGUUCCUGCAAAGAUUAUUGGUGA